GAAAAAUUAAAAAUGGUUGGACAUACAGAAAAAAGUGAAGAGUUUGAAAUGACAGCAGAUGAGAUGGAUAGAAUCAAAACUGCAUUAAAGGAUGAUCGUUUUCGUGAAUUACUUAUUCAAUAUGCUGGUGAAAUUUCAGAUCCUGUUAAUAAAAAGAAAUAUGAAGAGGAAAUUAUCGCAAUGGAAAAACAGAGAGGACAGGAUGUUAAACUUUUAAAACCUCAGUCUGGAUUUGUUGUAAAAACAAGUCAAUUAUCCAAUAAUAAGAAAAUUUUUAUCAACAUUUGCACCAGUCCUGAAGUUGACAUCUUCACUGUCACCAGCGGUAUUCAAAACGGAGCUGCUGGUUCACAUGUUUCAUUACCACACAGUUUGACACCAUGUAGAGAAGACUUGGAUAAAGCUGGAAAGCCAUGUCUUGUUUGCGAUGUAUGUUUUCAUCCUGAAACUUAUCAAAAGUCUCUACAGGACCAAAGAUUUCGUCAGCUUCUAAUAGAUACUGCUUUCGAUGUUUUAGAGAAGACUCUGGAAAUGGAGAUUGACAGAAAAAAUGUUAAGUUUCCUAAAAUAAAAUACAAAGGGAUGCCACAAGCAUCUAUCAUUCGACAGACAUCUCUACCGGAGAAUGAAAAAAAGUGCACGAACAGCAACAAUAACAACAAUAUUUCUUCUAUGAUUAAUGAAACUCAACAAAAUCCCCAUGUAAACUCACACACGAAUUCUGAUGAUAUUUUAAUUAUCAAAAAUAAUCAUCCUGCUACACCAAAAUAUAAAAUCGUUCACAGAGGUUAUUUUGAUCUGCAGGACUUCACACUGUCUAGGGAAAACAUGUCAGCAAUUCCCAAAGAGCUUGUUAUUGAAAUUGAGCUUCCACUUGCUAAUUCAGCUAACGGAAUAGACUUGGAUAUAUUUGAUAGGCAGCUGGUUCUCAAUAGUGAAAACCCAUCUUAUCAUUUAGAUAUUUCACUUCCAUAUAAAAUUAACGAAGAUGAUGGCCGUGCACAGUUUGACAAAUCCAAAAGAAUACUCAUUGUGACGUUACCUUUAAACCGUGAAAUAACACACGUGGAGAUAGUAGAAAAACCUUUAGUUGAGGAAGUACUUGAGAAUGAUACAGUGGCGCGUGAAAAUGACUCAUGCUCGAAGAACAGUGAAAAUGAUAAGACGAACUCGGCGCUUGUGAUAGAUACUGACAGUACUACAUCGACAUGCAAUAAUCAUGUUGCUAAAAGAGAGGUUUCGCACCACCAAUCUGAUAUUGUUACUAACAGUGUGUCUAAUUCUGAGAAUGUUAUUGAUGAUACAACAAUGCCAAGUAUUGAUAGUAAUAAAAUAACAGACGACGUCGUCAUUGGUGAGUCAAGUGAUGUCGAAAAGGACGGGGACGUUUUUCUUGAUAAUGAAGAGGCGGUAAAGCGUGAGGAGGUGAAGUUUGACACAUCCCUUUUAGAAACGUUUUCUGGCUCCUCACAACUUCCUCCGUAUGAUUGCGAUCAAACAAUUGACAAGAUCAUCAUUGUCGUCAAUGUACCUAAUAUCACUGUAGGAAAUAUUUCUCUUGGUCUGGCACCACAACAGGUUUGCUUAAGCUUUCCACAAGAUGCGGUUGAUUCGUAUUCAAGUGACUGGAACAUGUUAAUUCAAUUGGCUGAUGGCAAUUUUCUGGAGACUGAGGAAUGUGGAUUUGAAAUUCAUGAAGAAUGUCUCGAGUUAAAUUUAAAAAAAUCUGAAGAUUGUUUGUGGAACAAAAUAUACAUCGGUGUUUCCCAAUCGUCUUUAAAGGAGGAGAUUUUUAUGACAGGAGAGGUAACCAUGGAUAUGUUACAGGAGAUUGAAGACACUUUAAAACCUGUUACAGAAAAUUCUGAAAUCAAUCAAGUGCGACUAGAGGGAAGGUUGCAACAGCUACUCGAUCAACAAGAGAUGACAUGUGGAGACGAAACAGAAGACGAUGAAGAAGAGAAGGGUGACAUUGCGUUGCCAGAUGUAACCACAGAAAUUCAUGCAAAGGUCUCCAACCAAUCAGACCAAGGCGAUGAUGAGCUAUCAUUAAAAGUAAACCUGUUAGAUUUACAGGACGACGUCAUUGAAGAUAGCUCACCCUUUACAUCGCCGUCAUGUGACGACGCCAAGACGCUGAAGUCGCGUUUAGAAAAGCCUAGAGUAGAACGUUCUAUGAGUCAACAGUGCAUCAGUAAACAUCGAUUACGGUCAAUUCUGAAACGCUCGAAAAGUGACGGUGCGAAUUAUGACACGGAUGAAGAUUACGUGUAUACUCGCACGCGAGCAACCACACUGUCGGAUGACUAUGCUUACGAUUCCGAUAAAAAAGAAUACGGUAGACGAAGAAAUAAGUCGGUGACAUUUAAUGAAGAGCCGAUCGUGUUUGAAUUUACGAAACUGUCGAAACGGGAGUGGAAACGACUACAGAAAGAAGAUAAACAACGUGUGUGUCUAGAUAAGAAGGUGAAAGAAAUGUUAAAUGGAAAUAAAAACAAUCCAACUUCUUCCAGUGGUGACGAGAAGAAAGAAACUGACCCAAAAGUCAAGCAUGGGAAGAAAUGGAAAAAGAAGGAAAAAAAGAGACUGAGAAUGAAUUCAGAAAGUCGCUCUGAAGAAGAAGCAGAAGUAGAAAAUAAAAAAUCACGUAAAAGGAAGAAAAAGAAGAACAAAACAACCAACCAAAACAAUCCGAGUGGUUGUUCAAAUUCGUCUGGUGGAGAACAUGAUAGUGCAACAAAACCUUCACUUAACAAUCCUUUAAUAUUUGAGUUGGAGUGAUAACUACCUUUUUUUGUUUCUACUUCGUCUUAUCUACGUUUUGUUUGUAAAUAAUUUUUUUUUAGUGUUGACAUGUCUCUCCUUGUUUACGUUCAAUUUGUAUUCGUUCUAAGAAUUUUUGAAUGUAUGAAAGGAGUGCAACAUAGAAUAGAAUUCGUGUCGUGUUUAUCGUAA